UAACACCCCAGACCACACAUAGUUUUUCUCUUUUUUCGUUCUGUGUUUCUCAAAGCUGAUAAACCUCUCAUCAGAACUAAGCUCUUUCAUUAUCAUGUCUUCCCAUGCUAUCUUCUUUCUCGUUUGUCUUUGUAUGCAUGCAUGCAAUGGUCGUCGUCUAGGUUUAGCUGCUGAAGAGACUGGCAAUCAUGUCCAUUUUCUUGCCAGUAAGAAUGUUAAUAAGACAAAACCCCAUGAUCAGUUACAGAUGAGGCCUUCAAUCUCAAUGAAACUACAAACACAGGAAUUACAAGAAGUUGGGGUUCAUGGAAGAAGAAUAGAAGAGAACUUGGUUGGUGCAAAUACUAUGAAGCAAACACUUUUGAGCUAUUUUCUUAAGGGAAAAGAAGCUGUUGCAAAAGCAAUUUCAGGGUAUGAACUUAUCAUUUCUUCUAGGGUUGAUUUGCAAGGCAGGGAAAAAGUAGAGGGAUUGAAGAGAGUAACAAGGUCCAUGCUGGGAAAUUCAGCUGGUGACACAGAGGAAGCAGUUGGUUCCAAAGAAAAGGAAAACGUGGUGGACAUUGACGUAAUGGAUUAUGCACAACCCCAUCGGAAGCCACCUAUUCAUAAUGAAAAAAACUAGACGCCUCCUUCAAAUUAAUCUUAUCCAACAUGUUAUCCUCACCUUCUAGUUUCAUUUAAAAGAGAAAAAAAAUUAUGGUUUCUCCUCAAAAACUAUUAUCUUUAGAUUAAGCGGUAAAAGAUUCGUAUCCUUUACCCAGCAUAUCCUCUUUCCAAAUCAAUCUUUAAGGACGUUUUGUGUACGUUAUUUGAGUACGUAAUAAUAGCAGUUUCAACUUCCUUUGAAAUUAACCAUGUUUUUCAACUAUGUUACCGUGAAGACGGCUUGUAAGAACGUGGUGAAUUGAUGGAUAAUGGCCUGUUUGUAUUGAUGUCUAUAAAGUAAUAUUACUUAUUAAUGAGGCUGUGAAUAAAGAGGAGACACAUAGGGAGUGAUGUUUUGCCAUUUGCCAAAUAUUUUGUUGGUUGUUGUUCUUCAUUAAUGAAAAAGGGCACAGUUAUAUG